AUGAAGGUGGAGAAUGAAGAAGGAUCAAUGGAAGAAGAAGGUGUGAUCUUUCUGCAGAAUCAAGAAUCCCAUGAAAUUCUGAUCUGUAGGAAUUGGAGAGUGAGUUUGACAGUUGAUUCUAUUCGGUUAGGGGUUGGUUGGAGUUUUAUGUGCAGUUGUUAUGAAUUGGUUAGAGGUUUGAGGAAUGGAAAAAAAUGGUUAGAAGGUGAAUUGUUAAGGGGCUGUUAUGAUGUUUGGAUUGCCGCUUAUGCUGAAACUGAUAUGGUAUGCUUGGUUUUACGCAGGCUUGAAGAGGAUGAAAUUAUGGCAGACGACAAAGAGUUUGAAGCAUGGAGGCUUAUCAUGGAAGACUUUGAAGUAUGA